GAAAAAAUCUAAUCAAUUUCAAUCUUAUGAAUAUAUACAAGGAAAACCGAUUAUGCAUAUUGGAAGUGGACGACGUUUACCACCUACACCAGUUUUACCUAAUCAGAUAUUAUCCUUGUCGCAAACAGCGCCAACAACAGCAAAUUCAUCUCCAAGAAUGAUAAAAUUGAUGAAUAAUUCGGAAAAUCCUGAACGUCAAUUCAAUUUUCAAAAUACUGAAUUG